AUGGAGACAGAAACCCUUCCGCCUCUGCUUGCGCUCCCAUCUGAGCUUGUUCAUCACAUUCUCAGCUACUUGACGCUGCCAGAUCUCUUGACAACCGGCUUAGUCAGCCGUGCAGUCCACGAACACACGCUUGAAGACACCCUAUGGCACACCUUCGUUCAGGACCAAGUUCCCGAACGCAUACCGAAGCCCGCAAAUCUCACCUGGCGAGAGUUGUUUAUACAACAUCACCCGUAUUGGUUCCUCACUAAGAAGAAGAUCUGGUUUGCCGACAUUCCACAUACUGGAAAGCUACUCGUUGCAAGAUAUGAUCAUAGAAUCAACGCCAUCGAAGCUUACGCCCUAGUCGCUGAGCGCCGACAACCUACAUUCCAGACAUGGGAGUACAACCCGGACGCGAUCAUACACACCUUCAGUCCCAAGGUGCAGCUUGAUCUCAAUGCUGCUGUCAUUCGGCUCGAUGCGGAAGCUUACGAGCGGGCAAGUGGCGACAUUGGAUAUCGACUGCAAAAGGAAAUACCCAUGAACGUGUCCUACGAGCUGUCUCCAUCGACUCCAGCCCAGAAGCCUGCUACUCUGGACGAUAUGUCUACUUCAACGUUUCGGAUCCGCCGAUGGAUGGAAUUUGCGCCUAGACACCACGGCCUCAGCAUGCGCAUUGGAGAGGACAUCAGCACGUGGGCGACGUUGCCUGAAGAGUGCUACACCCCCACGGCACAAAAGCCUUGGCAAGGUAUAUGGUGCGGUGACUAUGCGGGACAUGGUUGCGAGUUCUUAGUGAUCAUGCAACCAGACAACCCCCAACCGCUUCCAGAGCGAGCGGAGUGGGCAAUGCGAUCUCGCGAGCGAGAUGGCAGCGUGAGUAGCGACGGGUCGUGGAGUACUGCGCCUACGGAUGCUGUUGCCUCUGGGGACGAGGAUGACGACUUCGAGACUGCAGACGACUUGGAAGAUAGUGUUGCCACUUUACAGGCAGCAUUCCAUGCGGCGAGUUCGGGAAGUCAUACAGAAGAAGAUGUAGAAGAGCAGGACGAGAGCGUCUAUCAAGGACGCAUCGAAGCUGUGAAGCUGACUGGCGACCCGAACAUCCCACGCGGCGAGUAUACCUUCAUCGCCCCUGAUAUUGGACAGAAUGGUCUGCUCAGAGUAGCAUCUGAGGACAUGUUCAAGGGUGCAAGGAUCGUCAAGUCUGUUGGACACAUUGCUGCACGCGGGUUUAGAGAUGAUACCUACAUGACCUCCCAGCUCAUCCUCAUCUCACACGACCGAUUAGCACAGUAUUGGGAGACCUUCGGCCAUGUCUCUUUCUACCAGCGCGUCAACAUUAAUGAUUUUUCGCGUGUAUGA